AUGCUUUGGGGGGUUUCCAUCUCUGCUCCAAAGCAAGCUGGUUCACGUUACGCCCCUGGCCAAACCGGAGAUUGCUUUCCGGCGAGGGGGAAGAGAGCCUGCGUUCCAAACAGCGACGCUGCCUUUCCCUUUUCUAAACCCCCACCUUGCAACGCGCAGGCCCUAUCAGUCCUCCAGCACAGAAAAACCUGGGUGCUGGAGGACCUCGCUGUGGGCAAAGCCUUUGGGGCUCACCGCUCCAUCGCAUCGCCCAAAAGGUCCAUCCCUUGUCAACCGCAACUGCUAACCAGCCUCCUCUUAACACGUGUCUUAAUCUGA